AUGGUUGUGUGCCUGGCGACCUUUGCCAGCGCUUCCCCAAACUUUCGCAUCCUUGGUCGCCAGCGGGAGGAUUCCGCCCAGAUCGCCUCAAUUUUAAACGCCCUGGCUGAAAAUGCAAAUGCCCGUGCCCAAAGCACCACGGCGGCACCCACCACCACCACGGUGCCCAGCACCACCACCGUGACCAACUCGCCCUCCGGACCAACCACCUCGACCGGAACCUCCACCACCACCACCACACCCACCAACACUAGCCCCACAGGUAACGAAAAAGUCACUGCCCCCUUUAAACGCCGCUCACAGCCCAUCGAUGAGCAGGAGGACGACGACGAGGAGGAGCCGGAACAGCAGGUGGAGCAGCACCACCAAUUCCAGCUGGAGGAUCAGCACGACGACGCCGAGGUGGAGGAGGUGCAGCACCACCAGAACAGCCGCCGCCGCCAGGCAAACGCCCGCCGCCAGCGCCAGCGGCUACAGCGGAAGUACCGCCGCCACAAGCAGCAGAAGCGUCGCCAGGAGCAGCGUCGUAAAAAACAGCAGACCCAGAAUCGCAGGCUUAAAAACCGCCACAAUCACAGAUCCCAAAGAAGAAGCAAAUAUGGGAAGCGCAUCAUCCGCCGCCUAGCCUAG